UCCCCCUGCCCCAUUGAUGUGUUAUCACUGGGGGGGCUGGAGCAGUAAAAAAAGAAGGAGGAAAAAACGCGCGGGGCUGGGCGGGGAGCGCGGGCGCGGGGCGGCCGGGCAGCGGCGGCGAUGGAAGAACUCACGGCGUUCGUCUCCAAGUCUUUCGACCCGAAAGUGAAGGAGAAGAAGGAGGCCAUCACGUACCGGGAGGUGCUGGAGAGCGGGCCGCUACGCGGGGCCAAGGAGCCCGGGGGCGCCGAGCCGAGCCGCGAGGAGCGCUGCAGCCCGGCAGUCCGGGCGGCCGGCGGAGGCGGCGGCGGCGGGGGAGGCGGAGGCGGAGGCGCAGGAGGAGGAGGAGGAGGAGCGGCGGGCGCGGGCGCUGGCGGCGGGCGCUCUCCCGCCCGGGAGCUGGACAUGGGCGCCGCCGAGCGCAGCCGGGAGCCGGGCAGCCCGCGGCUCACCGAGGGUAACGCGCGGCGCGUGGGGAGCACCCCCAGGGCCCCGGGGAGCCGAUCGGGGGUGGGGUUGGCGAUCCGGGUGUCGCCGGAGCUGAAAGAUCGCAAAGAGGAUGCGAAAGGGAUGGAGGACGAAGGCCAGACCAAGAUCAAGCAGAGGCGAAGUCGGACGAAUUUCACUCUGGAACAACUCAACGAGCUGGAAAGGCUCUUCGACGAGACCCACUACCCUGACGCCUUCAUGCGCGAGGAACUGAGCCAGCGGCUGGGACUGUCGGAGGCCCGAGUGCAGGUUUGGUUUCAAAAUCGAAGAGCUAAGUGUAGAAAACAAGAAAAUCAACUUCACAAAGGAGUCCUCAUCGGGGCAGCCAGCCAGUUUGAAGCCUGCCGAGUUGCACCCUAUGUCAAUGUGGGCGCUUUACGGAUGCCCUUCCAACAGGAUAGUCAUUGCAACGUGACGCCCUUGUCCUUUCAGGUUCAGGCGCAGCUGCAGCUGGACAGCGCCGUGGCGCACGCGCACCACCACCUGCACCCGCACCUGGCCGCGCACGCGCCCUACAUGAUGUUCCCGGCACCGCCCUUCGGACUCCCGCUGGCCACGCUGGCCGCAGACUCGGCCUCGGCCGCCUCAGUCGUGGCCGCCGCCGCCGCCGCCAAGACCACCAGCAAGAACUCCAGCAUCGCCGAUCUCAGACUAAAAGCCAAAAAGCACGCGGCCGCCCUGGGCCUGUGAUGCCGCACGUGUCCGCGCCCCUGCGCCCCGCUCCCCAGCGCUGGACCCCACCCCGGGAGCUGUGGAGAGGCUGGAGGCUGCAGACAGUGGCUAGGCUGGAGAAGUGGACUUCUGCCGGCGCAGGAAGGAGAAUCCUGUUGGUUUAAA